GCUUUUGCAUGUCAGUACAGUUUAGUUGCCGCAAAAAGCGCACAACAGCAUCCUACAUUCAACGGAAAUAAUUAACACAAUAUUAACCACUGGCAUAUCUUCAAUAAUGGCACCACCCAAUAUACGUCCGUUACCAGAACACCUACAAGAGGUGGCUAUCAAAGAGUUAAAUGAGAGACCUGAGCGGCUGGCAGAAGAUCUGGAAGCGUUAAAGGAUUGGGCUAUAAAGGAGCCACAUUUAAAUGUGCGACUCGAUGAUCAAUUGCUGGUGGCAUUCCUGCGCGGCUGCAAGUUCAGUUUAGAGAAGGCAAAGUCGAAAUUGGAUUGGUUCUAUACAUUAAAAACUAGACAUCCGGAUUACUAUACAAUACAAAAUCCAGAUGUGCCGCAUUUUAGUGAACUCGUAAGAUAUGGUGCGGGAUUAAUAUUGCCCAUACCACUAAAUGAGACUGGACCACGCAUUGUAUUCAGCCGUUUUGGUAUUUAUCCAGUUGACAAAUAUGAACUGAAAGAUAUAGCGCCUAUAGCGUAUGCACAACAGGAGCUAGCUAUGCGCGCUGAUGACACUGUAGUGGUGAAUGGUUUUAUUAAUCUGAUAGACGUUGCCAAAGUAGACGCCGCACAUUUUGUACAAUAUACACCGACUAUUUUAAAAAAAGGCAUAGAUUUUGCCGAGAAAGCCUUACCAUUGCGUCAAAGCUCAGCACAUUUCUUUAAUGUACCAACCGGUUUCGAGAAGCCCUACAAUAUGGUAAUGCCGAUGAUUACACCCAAACAGAAGGAACGCGUUUUUCUGCAUGGCAACAAUUUGGAGACACUCUACGCUCAUAUACCACAAAAAUAUAUGCCCAAACAAUAUGGUGGUGAAAAUGGUUGUCUUGUUGAACUAGAGAACUCCACAAUCAAGCAAUUUCUUGAUCACCGUGAUUAUUUCAAAGAGGAUCUCAAGUAUCGGAAUAAUGAGCAUCUACGUCUUGGCAAGCAACCGAACUAUAAAAGUUUAUUUGAUGAUUCUGUAAGGAGUUAUCCUGCCAACGAGGGAGCAUCUUUUUUCGGAGGGGACACCGGAAAUGAGUUUUACGGUAGACCCACAUUACGACCUUACCAUGAAAGGGGUUUUCCAUCAAUAAAAUAUACGAUACAUUUUAAUUUUUAUUUUAUUUAUAUUAAACAUAUUAUGUGCGUAUGUAUGUAG